AUGGGUACGGGCCUGACCAAUUGCUUCAAUUCUAAUCAAAACAUCAUACACAAAUCCAUCAUCUUCCUCCCAAAAUCUCACACCAUUGCAAAAUUCAAUCACAACGCACAAAAUCAUCAUGAAUCUCAUCACAUUCAUUUUUCUCCAAAUCUUGUUUCUUUUCAUAACACCAUCAAUCUCAAACAACACACCUUCACUAUCUUUAUCAACAACUUCUUUAACUCAAUCAAACAACUCGGUCACAGUCACCUGGUCCCGAGUCGACUCACCUUCACAACUCGACUGGCUCGGUAUCUACUCACCACCCACCUCAUCUCUUCGUAACUACAUCGGUUAUCUUUACUUAAACACCUCACCCACUUGGCAAUCCGGGUCGGGUUCUAUUACCAUCCCGUUAAUCAACUUAAGAUCCAAGUACAAAUUCCGGAUAUUUAGAUGGUCCGAGUCGGAAAUAAUCCCGACCCGGAUGGAUCAUGAUCAUAACCCUUUGCCACAGCCCAAACAUUUGUUGGCUGAAACAGAGGAAUUCGGGUUCGGGUCGGGUCAUGGUCCGGACCAGGUGCAUUUGGCUUUGACAGGUGGAGUGGGUGAGAUGAGGGUGAUGUUUAUAAGUGGGGAUGGGAAGGAGAGAGUGGUGAGAUAUGGGUCGGGUUCGGGUCGGAUGGAUCGGGUUGUGGAGACCCGGGUUGGGAGGUAUGAGAGGGAGGAUAUGUGUGAUUCGCCCGCGAAUAGUAGCGUCGGGUGGAGGGAUCCAGGGUUUAUACAUGAUGGAGUUAUGGCUGGUUUAGAACCCGGAAAGAGGUAUUAUUAUAAGGUGGGAAGUGAUGCAGAGGGUUGGAGCAACACUUUCAGCUUUGUUUCGCCAGAUGAAAAUUCAGGUGAAACGAUUGCUUUCUUAUAUGGAGAUAUGGGAACUGCAACACCAUAUAACACCUAUAUAAGAACACAAGACGAAAGUAUUUCCACCAUAAAAUGGAUUGCUCGUGACAUCGAAGCACUUGGUGAUAAACCUGCUUUGAUUUCCCACAUUGGAGAUAUAAGCUAUGCGCGUGGCUACUCAUGGGUUUGGGACCACUUCUUUAAUCAAAUCGAGCCCGUGGCAUCAAAAGUACCAUACCAUGUUUGCAUAGGUAACCAUGAAUAUGACUGGCCAUUGCAGCCAUGGAAACCAGAUUGGGCCAUGUAUGUAUAUGCAAAAGAUGGGGGUGGUGAAUGUGGUAUACCAUAUAGUCUUAAAUUCAAUAUGCCUGGAAACUCGUCUGAGUUGACUGGGAGCCGGGCCCCGGCGACUCGUAACCUCUACUAUUCGUUUAAUUUUGGCGUUGUUCAUUUCGUGUAUUUAUCAACGGAAACAAAUUUCUUGAAAGGGAGUAAACAAUAUGAGUUUUUAAAGAAGGAUUUAGAGUCGGUUGAUCGGGUCAAAACACCUUUUGUUGUGGUUCAAGGUCAUAGGCCUAUGUACACUACUAGCAAUGAGGUUAGGGACCGUCCGAUCAGGGAGAAGAUGCUCGAGCAUUUGGAACCCUUGUUGGUUGACAACAAGGUGAGCCUGGCCUUGUGGGGCCAUGUUCACAGAUAUGAGCGUUUUUGUCCCAUAAAUAACUAUACUUGUGGGAGUGGUCCUGUGCAUGUGGUGAUUGGGAUGGCGGGUCAGGACUGGCAGCCCAUUUGGGAGCCCAGAUCAAAUCACCUUGACAUGCCAAUCUUUCCACAACCAGCGUACUCAAUAUACCGUGGUGGUGAGUUUGGGUACACCAAACUCAUUGCUAACAAAGAGAGGCUAACUUUUACAUAUAUCGGAAACCAUGAUGGGGAGAUGCACGAUUCCGUGGAGAUCUUAGCCUCGGGGGAAGUCGUGAAUGGUAAAGUUGCUAAUAUAGUCAAUAACAAGGUUAUGCAAAACAAUAAUGAAAAGGACAAAGAAGGGAAAACAUCAUUUUUGUGGUACAUUCAGGGUGCCAGCAUCUUAUUAGUUAGUCUUUUAGCUGGAUAUCUUAUAGGAUUUUUUACUCGUGGCAAGAAGGAAGAAGUUGUUACGAAAAAGGAGUGGAUUCCCCUCAAGACAACUGAAGAAGCAUAAUUCUUUCAUAUACUUUGUUAUCUAGCUACAGAAUUAGGAUCAAAAUGGUUUUGGUUGUGUUAAUAUAACUAUGUUUCACUUUCACACAAGAUCCUUAGAAAAUAUGUGUAAAUAUAUUCAUUCUGUGUAGUAUGAAUACAUCUUUGUUGUGGUUUUGAGGGAAAAUUUGAUAAAA